CCACUUUUUCUCUCGCUUCGAUCCCCUGAACCUUCGUUUCUUCAACUUCAACUCCAGAAUCCCACCCGAUCAAUAAAGACGUUGACGUUCCAACUGAGGCGCCAUGGCGUGGUCAACUCGCCUGCUCCAGCUGCUUCUCCUAUCCCUGAUCGCCUUAUCUGCGAUUGCAGCCCCGGCCGCCGAUCAAUCCGAAUCCGACGCCCCGUCGGCCGCCGACAGCAUCGAAGAGACCUCCCUCCACAAGGCUCUGCAUUUGUUCCAGAGGUUCAGCCACGGCAUCUUCCAGUCUGACGAGGAAGCUGCUGCAGCUCUCCAGCAGGAUGACUCGUCGUUGGCUGAACACUUGAACCUGGUCAAGCGAGCGGAUGGCAACUCGACGGCUGCGGUAGAGACGACGAGCCAGGCCUCGGAGCCGGGAGCGACGACUUCGGCCGCCGCGGCAGCGACCACCGCUUCGCAGGCUGAGAGUUCCACCAGCAGUGCGGAACAGCCGACAACUGCUGCGGAAACCACCGCCGCUCCUACGACCACUGCUGCCCGCACGACCGCUGCGAGACCUACGACUAGCUCUAGCAGCAGUGAGUCCAGCUCUAGCAGCAGUGAGUCGAGCUCUAGUAGCAGUGAGUCUAGCUCCUCGUCUCCGUCCACGUCUUCUUCUUCUUCUUCUUCCUCCUCUUCUACCUCCGCGGCGACCACCUCGUCGACCUCUUCGUCCUCGUCGUCUGCCACGGCGACGUCGACCUCUACUACUUCUGCGUCCACUUCGUCCACAUCUUCGUCCUCGUCCUCUUCUCACACCACCGCAGCUAGUACCACGAUCCCCACCGUCGCGGCCAUUACUACUACUACUACCUCUACUUCUGCUACUUCCACUACCACUAGUACCACUUCUUCAUCCAGCUCACAUACUACCGCAGCUCACACGACCUCCACCACCUCAACAACAUCCACCUCCUCGACCUCCUCGACCUCCUCUUCAUCCCAAACCACAUCCGCCACCUCAACCUCGACCUCAACCUCCACCACCCUCGAAACCACCACCUCCACCACCUCCACCACCUCCUCAACGUCAACAACCAGAGACUCCCAAACCACAGACGACAGCGCCACCACCAGCGCAAAGACCACCCCCUACACCUCCACCUACAAGCUAACCACCACGCUGCCCAACGGCCAGCAGAGCACCGUCACCGCCAUCACCGUCAUCCACCCGACCGAGACCGCCCACGAGGUCGCCACCGGUACCCGCAGCUCCCCGAGUCUGCAGACCGACAACGGUGCCGCGACCCACGGUCUGGGCCGGGAGCUGUUCGUGAUGGUGGGUGGAGCGGCCGUGGUGGCUAUGGCUCUGUAAAACGCCCCUUCAAACCGCAGACCCACUGAAUAUUCCUUCUCCCAGCAAUUGCAUUUUCCGGCGUUUUCAUUUUCUUUACUUCCAAAGCUGCCCCCAUGAUACCUCUCACCAUGUUACGAUCCUUUUGAUGCACACAAAACACAUGCACACAUGAACCUGGCAAAGCAUACAUUACUUGUGAAAUUUAGCCCUGGCGUAUUCCCACAUUUUGUCUCUCCUUUAGCGCAUACUGAUUUUCCUACUCCUGGGCUGGGGAAGAAGGGGGGAUACUUAAGGGGGUGGAUGGACGGAUGUUGUCCAAAGCUUGUGCAUAAUUUAGACAGGUUGUCUUCGAUCACUGAUUGCCAGGGGGCUUGCCUUUGGUGACUCCCGGAUCAUGAAUCAUUCGGACAUAAU